UCAACAACCGACACUCACAAUCCAUAAUACAUGAUAAAACCAUCAACACCAACAAUUGAUAUCCUAGAUUUACAAGUUUCUAAUGGAUAUGCUUCAUUGAUGCCAAAUUAAACUCAUUGCAUUCAGCUAAGCCAUUUUUAUCCAAUUUUAUAACAUAUUGUGCACUUGAGUGCAUAUGAAUUUCAACAGGAAUCGACAGGAUUGCGUUUGCUGAUCAAUGAGGUGAUCUGUGAACUCCCUUCGUAUCGCCACGGUUGUUGUUGAUGAGAGGCUCUUUAAUCCUCUCUCUUAUCCAUCUCUGCGGUCUAUGACUUCGAAAUUUACACUUCCAUCACUUAUUGCGAUACCGAAAUUCGGAUCUCGACUGUGGAACAUUCGAAUUCCACCACCAACUAUUCGUCGCCCAAUAUCUCGAUUACAAAGCACUUUAACCACCAUCAAAAUGGAAAAGGUUGAUACGACCGUUCGCCUUACAGAGCUUCGCAAGCUCAUGGCGGAGAAAAAUGUCGAUGUAUACAUUGUCCCAUCUGAGGAUAGUCAUGCAUCUGAAUACAUUGCUCCUUGCGAUGGUCGUCGCGCCUACAUCUCCGGUUUCACCGGCUCGGCUGGUUGCGCUGUUGUUACUCAUGACAAAGCUGCUCUUGCCACGGAUGGUCGCUACUUUAACCAAGCUUCGCAACAACUUGAUGAUAACUGGGAAUUGUUGAAGCAAGGCCUCGUUGACGUACCUACUUGGCAGGAAUGGUCGGCAGAUCAGGCUAUUGGCGGGAAGGUUGUCGCCGUUGACCCAACUUUAUUGACAAGUGGUGCUGCUAAGAAGCUCUCGGAGAAGAUCAAAAAGAGUGGGGGCAAGGAAUUGGCCCCAGUUGAAUCGAAUUUGGUUGAUGUAGUCUGGGGGAACGAUCGACCAGCUCAACCUAAUGAACCAAUAAUAGUCCUUGCGGAAAAGUUUGUUGGCAAAGAUGUGAAGACAAAGCUAGCUGACCUUCGAAAGGAGCUCGAGAAGAAAAAAUCUCUAGGAUUCGUUGUGUCGAUGCUUGAUGAGAUUGCUUGGCUCUUCAACCUUCGUGGAAAUGAUAUUCCCUAUAACCCAGUCUUCUUCUCAUACGCCAUCGUCACUGCGGAUGAAGCUACAUUGUAUGUUGAUUCUUCCAAGCUAAAUUCCGAGUGCCAGUCAUAUCUUGCCGAGAAUGGUGUUGCUAUCAAGCCGUACAAGGAGAUAUUCAACGACGCAUCGGCACUUCGCCAAUCGGCAGAGGCUAAAAGUAGCGAAUCUGGCGAGGGCAAGAAAUUCUUAAUUUCAAAUAAGGCCUCAUGGGCUUUAAAGCGAGCUCUUGGUGGUGAGGAUCUGGUAGAAGAAAUCCGAAGUCCUAUUGGUGACUCCAAAGCGGUGAAGAACGAAACCGAACUAGAAGGAAUGCGACAAUGCCAUAUUAGAGACGGCGCAGCUCUAAGUGAAUUCUUUGCGUGGCUCGAACAUCAAUUGAUAGUGAAGAAGGUGACUCUUGAUGAGGUUGAAGCUGCGGAUAAACUUGAGGCUUGCCGUGCGAAGCAGAAGGAUUUUGUUGGACUUUCCUUCCCUACGAUAUCAUCCACGGGUCCUAAUGCCGCCGUUAUUCACUAUAAGCCGGAGCGGGGAAGCUGUUCAAUCAUUGAUCCGAAGGCCGUAUAUCUAUGUGAUUCUGGAGCACAGUAUCUUGACGGUACCACAGACACGACUCGCACGUUACAUUUUAGUGAACCGAGCAAGGCGGAGAUUGAGGCGUAUACACUCGUGUUAAAGGGAAACAUCGCCUUAGAUAGAGCAGUAUUCCCUAAAGGAACAACUGGAUUCGCACUAGAUGGUCUUGCGCGCCAAUAUUUAUGGCAAAAUGGACUGGAUUACCGUCACGGCACUGGUCAUGGUGUUGGUUCAUACUUAAAUGUUCACGAAGGACCAAUCGGUAUCGGAACAAGGGUACAAUACUCGGAAGUUUCCUUAUCGCCUGGUAAUGUAAUCUCCGAUGAACCCGGGUAUUAUGAAGACGGCUCCUUCGGCAUUCGUAUCGAGAAUAUCGUUAUGGUUAAAGAAGUGCAAACCAAGUAUAAGUUUGGGGAUAAACCAUACCUCGGGUUUGAGCACGUUACGAUGGUGCCGUAUUGCCGCAAAUUGAUCGAUUCGAGCCUUUUGACGCCAGCUGAGAAGACUUGGCUCAACGACUACAACGCCGAUAUUUGGAAUAAGACGAAAGGAUACUUCGAAAACGACGAGAUAACAAAAGCAUGGCUAGAGAGAGAAACGGCACCUUUUUGAAUUAGAGGCUAGUUUCGAUUUUCUGAUGCAUGCAAUUCAUGCGUUACUAUGGAUGUUGACUAGAAUUGCAUGAAUGCAGACAUUGCGAAGAAUAAUCCAAAUGAUAGCUUGAAGGCAGGAUUCGUCUCCAAGGCGGCCAAUAUUCGCGAAUUCCCUACACGCUGCUUUAGUUUCAGCUGUUGUACCAGAUCAAUACCAUAUCUCGCAGCCACCUAAAUAAUUCAGUUAGAGUCGAGGCGGUGGGGAUGGAUAGAUUUAAAUACAUACCUGAACUAUCA